AUGGCAUUCGGCGCACUUGAACCAUGUCCCGAAUGUAAUGGUUUUCUUGUUUUCAAUUAUACAAAUUUUCGUUGUACGGGCAAUAUUACCGAAUGGACAAAAUGUUCUUAUUCAACACAAUUACCUAAACGAAGAUCAUUUGAAAUUCCAGAUAAAAUCAAAGAAAACUACGACAUUUUACCAGAUUAUGAUCCGAAAUUACCUCUUAGUGGCUAUUCGAUUGCAUUAGUCGGUCGUUUAUCAAAGAGAACAAGGACUUUACAAAAACAAAUCGAACAAUUAGGUGGCACAAUUAUUACGACUAUUGACAAAACAGUCGAUGUGAUCAUUAGUACACAAGAUGAAGUACAAAAAGGAAGUAAAAAAAUUCAAGAUGCACAAACAUUCGAAAUUUAUAUUGUUCCAGAACAAUUCUUGGAUGAUGUACUCAAUGAUCGACCAUCAAUUGUAAUGGAAAAAUUGAAACUAUCAACUUGGGGUAUUUUACCACAUAUUCGAAAACAACAAGCUCAGGAAAAGAAAAAACCAAGACUAAAACCUUCAACCACAUUUAAGUCUGCCGCUCGAUCAAAACAAUUCAUACCGGAAAAAGUGACUAUGAAAUUAAAAGAUGGUGCUGCAGUCGAUCCUGAUUCUGGUAAGUUCCCGUUGAUUCAAGGUCGUACUGGUACAACUUUUGGUAGUAAAAAAAUAGAUGAAUAUGACGAUCAAUCCGACGCAAUUGAUGCAUUUCAUAGAAUAUUUUUUGAUAAAACUGGCAAUAAAUGGGCUAAUCGAGAAACGUUUAAAAAAUUACCAAAUAAACAUUAUCCAUUAGAAAUCGAUUAUGGACAACAUGGCGAUAAUGAUCAAAUACAAAAAAUAUUGAAUGAUCCAAAUUCAAAAAAUCGUUCUUGUCUUCCACAAUCUGUACAAGAUUUAAUCUGUUUGAUUUUUAAUGUUGAAACCAUGAAAGAAACAUUACUAUCAUUCGAAAUUGAUCUAACAAAAAUGCCUUUAGGCAAACUUUCACGUAAUCAAUUAAAUACAGCUUAUCAAGUUCUCACUGAACUACAAACAUUAAUUACUAGUGGCUCAACAAAUAAAACAUCUAUUAUUGAUGCUACGAAUCGAUUUUAUACACUUAUUCCACAUAAUUUCGGUAUUAGUAAACCAAAAGUUCUUGAUAAUAUCGAUUUAAUUCAAUCAAAAACACAAAUGAUUGAUAAUUUACUUGAAAUUGAAAUAGCAUAUUCAAUGUUAAAAGGAUCGAUAGAUGAAAAAGAUGAACAUCCGAUUGAUGCUCAUUAUAAAAAAUUAAAAUCUAUAAUUGAACCGGUCGAUAAGAAUGCAGAAGAAUAUAAACGAAUCGAACAAUAUAUGAUCAAUACACAUGCAUCGACACAUAAUACAUAUACAUUAAAAUUAAAAGAAUUAUUUAAAGUAAUACGAGAAGGUGAAGAUGAUCGUUUACAAAAAUGGCUAAAACUUCAAAAUCAUCAGUUAUUAUGGCAUGGUUCGAGAACAACAAAUUUUGCUGGGAUUCUCAGUCAAGGAUUACGUAUAGCUCCGCCCGAAGCACCAAAGACAGGUUACAUGUUUGGCAAAGGUGUCUAUUUUGCUGACAUGGCUUCGAAGAGUGCAAAUUAUUGUUUCGUCAAAAGAGAAACACCUGAAGGAUUAAUGCUUUUAUGUGAAGUUGCUCUCGGUAAAAUGUACGAAUGUUAUAAAAGCACAGAUCUUUCGGCAGAUAAAUUGCCGACUGCUACACAAUCUGUCAAAGGUUGCGGACAAACGGUUCCCGAUCCAAAAGAACACUAUUAUACGGAUGAUGGAGUCCUCAUUCCAAUGGGUCGUGGUGUUAAUGCAAAAAUUCCACAAAGUUCACUGUUGUACAAUGAAUACAUCGUCUAUAAUACCGAACAGAUCAAGGUCAAAUAUCUUCUACGUAUUGAGUUUAACUAUAAAGAUUGA